GAGGGAUGAGCCUCCUGUUCAGAGAAGACCUGAGAUUAUACAGACGGGCACCGAGCUGACUGUAACACCCGCUGCUCUUUUAUCAGUCUGUACACAGCUUACUUCUCUAUAUAUAAUAAUUUCUGACACUUUAAACAUAUGUCAAAUCUAAUAACGGGCUCAUAACGUAUUCAUCUGGUCAUAUUCGAUGAAAAAAUCAAAGAUGCGAAUUCCUCCGAAGUGAAACAUGCUACCUGUGAAGAUCCAGCGGAAAAAACAUUGAGUCCAUUCCAGACAUUUUCCCUCGAUGACAAAGGACCAGGAGGGAGCGGUUGGAGGCUCCACCCAGAGAGAAGCACCUGUUGCUCCACCAGCAGCAGAGCAACACUGACAGACCUGAGGCUGAGGCAGCAGCAGCAGCAACAUGGGGGGCGUCUACUCCAGUGAAAGGAUGGCAGGAGUUUUCUCCUACGAGAGUUCAGAUCUCGACUGGUGUGAAGACAACUACAAACACUCUGAACACGUGGUGGAAUAUUUCAACACUAUUAGCAGCUUCAGUUUCUUCAUUGUAUCUCCUGUCAUGCUCUACCUCCUUCAUCCUUACGCCAAAGAGAGGAACCUGGCCAUCCACAUGGUUUGGAUCAUGAUGAUUUUUGUAGGACUCUUCUCAGCCUACUUCCACAUGACUCUUAGUUUCGUUGGCCAGAUGUUGGAUGAGCUGUCAAUCCUGUGGGUGUUGGCGGCGGGAUAUUCAAUGUGGUUCCCCCGCAGGAUGUUUCCUUCUUUUAUAAAAGACAGGUCCACAUUUUCCCGGCUUGUCCUGUUGAUUACUGCCGUCACCACGGUGUCAUCAUUCGUCAAACCUACAGCCAACGCCUACGUUUUAAACAGUUUUGGCCUCCACCUACUUUACACUCUGGCUGUGGAGAUGAGAUGCUGCACUGACCAGAAGGUUCUGCGACUGGCCAAGAUGUCGGUGGCUCUGUGGGUGCUCGCCAUCUCCUGCUGGAUUAGUGACCGCUUUGGCUGCAGCUUCUGGCAGGAGCUGAACUUCUGCUACCUGCACGGUUUCUGGCACAUUCUCAUUGUGAUGUCGGUGGCUUAUGGCAGCACCCUGAUAGCUUACCUGGACGCCAGCUAUGAGAUACCGUACUCACUGCCUGGACUGCAGUUCUGGCCCUUUGCUGAAUGGCCUGUUGGAUUACCUCACAUCGUCCUGAGAGGCACAACCAAAACACGCAAACAGUGCUAACAAGGUCGUUUCUACCUUCAGAACAUUUCAAUCGGUGCACUCCAUUUGUACAGUAUUUCAUUAAUGAUAAGUCACCAGAGUCAUUUCAUCACUGGCAGGUUUUUAAACCCCAACGACACAAUCUGUGUUCUAUCCCAGAAUUCAGAACGCAGGAAUACAAACUUACUGACAUAUCGACUCUUAAUACACAGAUUAAUACCAAACUACCACAAAAUCGAAGUUAUGUCACUCUUCUGAUCCUUUCAAAGGAUUGUUUACACCUGUGUUGCCAAAUAGACCUACUGUUAGUUCAUGUACACAAAAUAAUUAGUUGUCAUAGGGCUGAGCGAUACCGCUAAAAAGUAUAUAAAGAUAAAAAUGUUCAUAUCCGUCAUUAUCGAUAAUAAUCACCACAAAUGUCACAUACAAUUUUUAAGACAGAUUUUUGCUCCUGAGUGAAGGUUGUGGUUUUUAAAGUCUUUAUGAGCAGAGAAUGACCAGGACAUGAACAUUUUCAAAUCUGAGGGAGAUCAUUAAAACCAAUUUACAUCCUUACUGUGGUUGCACAAUGCUUAUGCAUAAUAUAUAUUUUGAGCUUUUGUCUAUUGAUGAGAAUUAUAUUGCAAGGAUUAUUUUUAUUGUUUUAUUGCUCCGCCCUAAUUUAUCAUCCACAGAUCCAACUUCAUAUCCAUACUUAAAUAAAACCAUAUGGUUAAAAAGUAUUACAUUUAAUUGUUAUCCUAUAGAUUCACAUUUCUGACACACUAGCAAAUUAAGAGCUAUUAUCGCUGUAGUAACCAUAACCUUCACUGUCGUCUCUCUUUCAAGCCAUGACUUUGUUUUCAGAAUCAUUUUUCGGAAAGUGUUAAUCAAUGAUAGAGAGACAGUGGCUACAGCAGUUGACUGAUUUUGAUUUUCUACAGGCAAGUGUGAAAUGAGAUGUGGUUUUAUGACGUUUUUCAGAUUUUAAGACAAUAACUGUUAAAUAUUAUGAAUUUACAAAUCAUGAACAGUUUUCAUAAGAUGUCUGUUUACGUCUCUUUUUGAAGAUGUGUCUGAGUCUGACAGUUAAACACGUGUUUUUGUAUUUAUAAAUCAAUCCAUUGCGGAUAUUUAUUCUCAAGAUAUCAAUGCACAAUUGAUCCUGCUCAUGACAAAUUAUAUGUUAACGCACUGUUCAUGAUUUAUUAUGAUGAAACUUUGCUGUCAUUCCUCUGUGCGGGAGUUUGUCGGUGAAAUGUGUUUACAUGGACUCUUAUAAAACCUUGUAAAAUCGGAGUCAGAGCUGUAACCUCAACUAAACUAUCAUCAGCUAUGCAAAAGUUGAAUUGUCUGUAUGGUUACAUGUUGGAAGGCUGUAGUUUCACAAAGUUGUAGUUUCGACUCUUGUAACAUUUCAGUAACACAGAUUUUUCUAUAUCAAAUAAUGUAUUCAUCUAUUUCUCUGUAAAAAAAAAUGGUACAGUCUCAUUCAGGACCUGUGAAAUAUGAGUCUAAAGUGCAUUUGUGUGACUGAGCGUUCCACAACAAUCUCGUGUUUCUUUUGUACGACUGACCCUAAUUCACCAAAACAACCUUUUUGUUGAAUAAAUUGGUUGUGUUUUGAGAAUAUUCAGGUAAACCGUGCCUCCAUUCACAUGAUCAUUCCUGAAGGACACAAUACAUACAACAAUAGAUCCACUACACAAAGAAAUGCACUCGUUCCCUUUCCCUGAGCCUCAGUGUUCAACAGUGACCUCCUGUGGCCGUGGGUAUGUUGAACAGCAGCCAACGCUGUUCCUCCAGAAAGAUGAUGUAUUAAAAAGCCAGAUAACUGAUGAUCAGAAUGAGUGAGAAGAAUGAAAUCAUCUGUAACUUUUCAGUGCCCUGUCAUGUUUUUUUUUACAGAAAACUGAUUUCUUUGUUCAGAGACACUGGAGAAAAAUCUGUAUCUAUAUAAAGAUAUUCAUUCCCCUGUGAUGAUAAAUCAAUACGAAUU